ACUAUCCGUUGGCACUCCGCUGGGAACUCAUUAAAUAAAACACCUUCAACACUUUGAAUUUUCAAAUCUACUCUACCCUUCAUCUUCUCCGACUUCACUGAUUUGCUUCUCUGUUCAAGUCCACUUCAUCCUUCUUUCCUUUCUUACAACGCUAACGGGGGAAGUGGAUUUUCCCAAUUAAUUUCUGAGAUCCAAAGAUGAACGACCUCAUGACCAAGUCAUUCACCAACUACGUAGAUCUGAAGAAAGCAGCGAUGAAAGACGUUGAUCUCGAAGCAGGUCACCCUCCUCGUCCUUCAUCCGAUGUGGAACUAAGCUUAAGAUCUUCAAUGGACACUGACAUGGGUCUCUUCCUGCAAGAAGCAGAGCGAGUGAGAACCGAAAUCGGCGAUCUCCGUGAAAUUCUCGGAAAGCUCCAACAAGCCAACGAAGAGAGCAAGUCCCUUCACAAACCGGAAGCCCUGAAAUCGCUCCAAACCAGAAUCAACACCGACAUUGUGACCCUCCUGAAGAAGGCGAGGGUGAUCAGGACCCAGCUCGAAGAGAUGGACCGCGCCAACGACGCUAACAGAAGGCUCUCAGGGCUCAAAGAUGGGACGCCGGCGAUUUACCGGACGCGAAUUGCGGUGACGAAUGGGCUGAGGAAGAAACUGAAGGAGCUGAUGAUGGAGUUUCAAGGGCUGAGGCAGAGGAUGAUGAGUGAGUACAGGGAAACUGUUGGGAGAAGGUAUUUCACUGUGACAGGGGAAAAUCCAGAUGAAGAGGUGAUUGAGAAGAUCAUUUCGAACGGUGAUGAAGGAGGGUUUAUGUUUUUGGGGAAGGCGGUGGAGGAGCACGGCAGAGGGAAGGUUCUGGAAACUGUGGCGGAGAUACAGGACCGGCACGAGGGCGCAAAGGAGGUGGAGAAGAGUUUGUUAGAGCUGCAUCAGGUGUUUCUGGACAUGGCGGUGAUGGUGGAGGCGCAGGGGGAGAAGAUGGAUGACAUUGAGCACCACGUGCUUCAUUCUUCUCACUAUGUGAAGGAUGGAACGAAGAACCUUCAGACAGCAAAGAUGUACCAGAAGAGCAGCAGGAAGUGGAUGUGUAUUGGGAUUAUCAUUCUUCUCAUCCUCAUUCUGGUUAUUGUCAUCCCCAUCGUUACCAGUCUCACCAGUUCUUGAAUGAAAACCAUUUUCAAAUGUUUGGAUUGUUUUAUUUCUGAGUUUUAAUUUGUACGACUCAUCGUCGUUUCGAUUUCCAAUUUGUUUAGAAGAUCCUUAAUGUGAAUUUCCAAAUUUCAAUUUUAAUUUACAGGGUAGAAAAUCCGUGACAUUUGUUAUUUGUAAUGCAACCUUGUAAGCCAUUCGCAUUGUAACCCUGUUGCAGUAGAUGAUUGCUCUUCUUUA